AUGUUUCUGCUCGGGUCCUGCAGGCCUGUUCGUAUUGCUGGAGUAAGCCACUUCGACUCACUCCGUCAACCAUCGCGAUUCGCAACCGUUCUGCCAGUGCGGUUUUUGCGCCCGAGUACACAAGCACAUGUGGAUUACCAUGAAUUAGAUGGACAUGCUUCACACAAAUUUGAUAGACACUUGGACGCUGGCAGGGUUGGGGCGAGGCGUUUCGGCAUCCAUCAAAUGAAGAAGUUACCUGUCAACGCAUAUGUGGCCCGAAUCGCAGGACCACAAGAUUCGUGGCAGACGGAUCAAUUGGAUAACUGA